GGAGUUUCUUUCAUCAUCACCACAACCACAACCACAACUACAAUCUCACACUCAAACAACACAAUCAAUUACCUCACCUUUUCGGUUUAAUACCUACCACAACAUUCACAAUGGAGACCGCCAAGCAAGCUUUCAACUACGUCUCUGAGUCCGUCCAGGGCGCUGUCUCUGGUGCUAGCAAGGAGACCAACAAGGAGAUUGCCAAGAACGACAAUGUCAGCGUUGGCUCUCGCCUGACCGCCGCCAAGGAUGCUGUCGGUGACAAGGUCGACGAGUCCGCACACAAUGGCAAGGCCGAUGCUCACAAGGAGCUGGCUAAGAACCAGUAGAUUGGAUCGAAGGACCUCGAGGCCUUCAAUGGCGUUCGGAACGGAUCAUAGCGAAAGGGGCCUAUAGUCUACUAGGCAUGAAUUGAUAUGAAUUGAUUUUUUUUUUCACACAA